AUGUCUGAGCCAGAUCUGUUAGACAUUAAUUCCCACCUCAGCUCCCUGCCUCUAGGACAGAAAGGAUGGCACGUCUCUGGGGAUGCAGUCGGAGAGCACCGGAGCAGUGCCGCGAAUGUACACCAGCCUUUCCCCACGGGGUUAUUUACAUUCCACGAAUUUCACCUACUGAAAACAACUCUCUGGUGGUUCUUUCUAACGAUAAAACCAACUGCCCAGACAAUUCCAGACCAUGAAACAGUUCUGCUGUAUUUAGCAGGCUUGCCUUUCAGUAUGUCAAACCAUGUGUGGCUUCGAGGGGUUGAGCCUCCUCCAUCUCUAUCACAAGCAGCGCUGAUGUGCUUCUCUGAACAUGUGGGGGUCUUGACUCAUGCUGAUGGGUCACAGCUCGGCGUGGCUCAGGACCCCACUGUGGAUCCGUAA